CUGAAUUUUCAGAACAGUUUAUUUUGAUUUUACACAACAAAUUUAUAGAAAUUAGAAAGAAGAAUGAGCAACGUUCCAAAAGAAGCCAUUGAAGUGGUAGCACAGAGCAUCGGAAUUACCAAUUUGUCUCCAGAUGUCGCCCUUGCUCUUGCUCCUGAUGUUGAAUAUCGCGUUCGCGAGAUUAUGCAAGAGGCGAUUAAAUGCAUGCGCCAUUCACGGCGGACAGUUUUGACUGCUGAUGACGUGGACAGUGCUCUUAAUCUAAGAAAUGUGGAGCCAAUAUAUGGCUUUACCUCGCGUGAUCCGUUACGGUUCAAAAGAGCUGCUGGCCAUAAGGAUUUGUUCUACAUUGAUGACAAGGAUGUGGAGUUUAAAGAAGUGAUUGAAGCGCCUUUACCAAGAGCACCACUUGAUACAUUGGUUACUUCUCACUGGCUAGCGAUUGAAGGUGUUCAACCAGCAAUCCCGGAAAAUGCUUCAGUUGAAGCACCUUCUGAUGGAAAAAAGGCUGACUACAAGGAAGAUGGACUUUCUGCUGAUGUUAAAUUGCCUGUUAAGCAUGUGUUAUCUAGGGAACUUCAACUUUAUUUUGACAAAAUUGUGGAGCUUACCGUGAAUAGAUCUGUCUCUGAUGUCUUUAAACAAGCAUUACUGAGCUUGGCAAUAGACUCAGGGCUACAUCCUUUAGUUCCUUAUUUCACAUACUUCAUUGCUGAUGAGGUUGCACGGAAUUUGAAUAAUUUUCCUCUCAUGUUUGCUUUGAUGCGUGUUGCCCGGAGCCUUCUUAAGAAUGAACACAUACAUAUAGAACCUUAUUUACAUCAAUUGAUGCCAUCUAUUAUCACCUGCCUUGUUGCGAAAAGAUUAGGGAAUAAAUUCACGGACAAUCACUGGGGACUUAGAAACUUCACAGCAAAGCUAGUGGCAUCAAUAUGCAAAAGAUUUGGUCAUGUUUAUCACAAUCUUCAGCCACGUGUGACAAGGACUCUGCUUCAUGCUUUUUUGGAUCCAACAAAAACAUUACCUCAGCAUUUUGGUGCAAUUCGAGGGUUAGCAGCUCUUGGACCCAGUGUGGUUCGUCUACUUAUACUACCAAAUCUUGAGGUGUAUUUGCAACUUCUUGAACCUGAAAUGCUACCUGUAAAGCAGAAGAAUGAAAUAAAAAGACAUGAAGCUUGGUGCGUUUAUGGGGCCUUGCUGCGUGCGGCUGGGCUGUGCAUGUAUGAUCGACUUAAAAUGUUCCCCGGUCUGUUAGGCCCCCCUACUCGUCCUGUCUGGAAAAGCAGCAGAAAAGUUGUGACAACAAACAAACGCAAAGCAAGCACAGACAACUUGAUGCAGCAACCACCGGUCAAGAAAAUAGCUAGUGAUAGUGCGAUUGGUAUGAUGCCAAUAAAUUCCAUGCAAGUUGAUAUGCAAGGGGCAGUUGGUGGCUUUUCUACCACUAUAGGAGGUUCUAAUAUUGGUGCAUCAUCAAUAUCACGGCAGCGAACAAACGAUAACAUAUCAGGAAGGGAGGUUGGUGGUCGAGUUUUAAGGACUUCAACUGUUCUUGCUCAGGCUUGGAAGGAGGACACAGAUGCAGGGAACUUGCUAGCAUCACUAUUUGAACUUUUUGGUGAAAGCAUGUUGUCAUUUACCCCCAAACCUGAACUUUCCUUCUUCCUUUGAUUUUAGUUAUACCUCCAAAGGCAAUUGUUGUUCACAGGAAUGUGUAAAUUAUCUCCAUAGUUCAUCAGUCUUUGAAACUAUAGAUUGUAGGUAUCUUUGUAAGCCAAUUUUAUGCUUAUUAUGUUGUUCUCAUGGAAUGUACAAUGCUUGGCUGUUAUUUAUGCAGAAAUAAC